UGAUAAGAUGCGGUGAAUUGAGCUGCAUAUGAUUCGACCGCAAGCUUAAAUCGGCCCCUUUUUAACUUAAACAUUUAAAUCUUGAAUACUCCCACAUUCAUCCCUCGCUUGGAGACACCCAGCCCUGGACAAUUCUGUUGUUUGGUGCAGCAGAGUCCUCCACAUUCUUUCUGGCAGUUUUGUUGUCUGUUUUGCCUCUGUUUCAAUCUGUCCUUCGCUAUGGCCCAUAGCGCUAUCGUUACAGGCCUGCCGCCUCUGGCAGGUAAUGCGCCUGAGAAGACACCGAAGCUUAUGACCAGGGACGAGAUUGAAGCCUUGAUCGCUGAAGGCAAGCAUGUCGCUAUAUUCCAUAACCAGGUCAUCAAGAUGGAUGCUUGGAUGCCCUAUCACCCCGGAGGUGACAAGGCUAUGCUUCACAUGGUGGGCAAGGAUGCUUCUGAUGAAAUCGAUGCUCUACACUGUUUCGAGACACGCCAGAAAGUCCUGCGCUAUCGCAUCGGUCGAAUUGAAGGGACUUGGGAGAACUUCCUGCCGCCUAUCCAGGGAGGCGUUUACCGUACAGACGAAGAGAUCGAACGAGCUAAUGCCGAGGGCGAACCCCACAAAGAACAAGACUCGAGCGCUCCGUCAACUCGUGUCCCAUCACCAGUCUUCGACGAGGAAGAGACCGCCGGAGUAAGACAGCGAAAGACCAACAAGAAGGAUGGAGCUCGGGCGCCCUCGAUAUCAUCUGCCUCCAGCGUAGAAGAGCCAGAUCUAGAUGGCAUAUCGUAUCUUGAUACCAUCACUCGCGAACAUAUCAGCCUCGACCUCGACAAGUACCCUCCUCCUGACAAGGAAACACAAGCCAAGAUCGUUGCCAAAUAUCGCGAGCUCCAUCAGAAGGUCUAUGACACAGGGCUUUACAACUGCAACUACAAGGCCUAUGGAAUCGAAUUCAUUCGAUACACUGCAUUGGCGAUCGGCUCAGCUUUCUGCCUCCGUCACGAAUGGUACGCUCUAAGCGCCUUUCUCUUGGGCGCCCUUUGGCAUCAACUCUCAUUCACAGUCCAUGAUGCUGGGCAUAUGGGUAUUACCCAUAGCUAUUUCAUUGAUUCUUGCAUCGGAGCCCUGAUCGCCGACUUUAUGGGAGGUCUGUCGAUAGGAUGGUGGAAGCGCAACCACAACGUGCACCACGUUAUCACCAAUGCGCCGGAGCACGACCCUGAUAUUGAGCACAUGCCUCUCUUUGCCGUCUCCCACCGUCUCCUAGGCAGCUUGAGAUCAACAUACUACGAGAGAGUCAUGGCCUAUGAUGCUGUGGCAAAGGUUCUGCUUAGAGUUCAGGCCUGGACUUACUACCCGUUGCUUGCACUGGCUCGUUUCAACCUCUACCGACUCUCAUGGGACCACCUCAUCAUGGGCCGAGGUCCAAAGAAGGGACCUGGCUUGGUUAUCUGGUGGCUUGAGAUCAUUGGACAGGUUUUCUUCUGGACCUGGUUCGGCUAUGGUCUGGUAUAUAACCUUCUCCCUGACAACUGGACCCGAUUCUACUUUGUCAUGAUCAGCAACAUCACCGCCUCGCCUCUUCAUGUUCAGAUUGUCCUGUCUCACUUUGCCAUGAGCACAGUUGAGCUGGGGCCUCAGGAGUCGUUCCCGCAGAGACAGCUCCGAACCACUAUGGACAUCGAUUGUCCUGAGUGGCUUGACUUCUUCCAUGGUGGUCUUCAGUUCCAGGUUAUUCACCAUCUCUUCCCUCGCGUACCCCGUCAUAAUCUGCGUGCGACACAGAAGCUCGUCCAGGAGUUCUGUGACGAGGUCAACAUCCCUUACGCGUUGUAUGGGUUCGCCAACGGCAACCAGCAGGUUAUUGGAAGGCUGGCAGAGGUUUCCCGACAGGCGGCGAUCCUUGCUAAGUGCCAGCAGGCGAUUCAGAACGGUGACCUUUCAGGCCAUCACCAUUAGACGAAAUACGACCGACAGACUGGCAUUUUGCUGUAUAUAUCUGUGCCAGUUUCUGCUUGCAAAAUCGUCAAAAGUUUUGCUUAGAUUAGACCGAUGGGAACUGUCAUGCUAGAUCGUUUGCGAGGUAUAAUGAUGAAUUUAUGAAUGUUUCUGUCUCACUUUCUCUUCUCGUUGACAAUCGUGAUCUUGUCUUAGACAUUGAGAUGUAUCACCUCCACAAAGUGUGGUUGUUGGCUAGGUUGGAAGCAAGCUCUGUUCUGUGCAGGACAGUCUGUGGGCAAGUCUUGGUCUAGAAGCUCAUAAAGUUUGGAUAAACAACAAGUGCCUCGCGUGUGCGACGGAUGGUACAACCCGCGAGCAUCGAAUUUCUUGCUGGGCCAUCUGGAGAAUUGAGCUGGUUGAUUUAGGUAUUGGAGUAAUGUAUGGCUCUCUUCAGAUGAUAGAAGUUGUUUGGGCAUCACAGGCUUGAGGCCUCUUAUUAACCUCAGUGAGUC